ACCAAAAUGGAUCAUUCAGAAAACGUUCCAUCUAAUGAUCAACACGAAAAUGUCACCCUUGUUGCACCAUCAGAAGGUUCACCUUCUUCUUCGUACUUGACAAGAAAUCAAGAGCACGAGAUCAUGGUCUCUGCUCUGCAACAAGUGAUAUCUAACUCCAGAGCUGACGCGUCAUCAUCAAACUUGAUCGCAAGCGAAGGUCUUCCGCCUCCAGACGCUGGCCCUUGUCCUUAUUAGGACAUAAUUCCUCUCUGUCGCAUCACCGGUUGCGAAGGCUGCACAUUACAACGGCCGCACCGAGAGAUAGAGAAGGAGAAGAAAUACAAAGGAGUGAGGAAAAAGCCAUCGGGUAAAUGGGCGGCGGAGAUAUGGGAUCCGAGUUCGAAAUCAAGGAAGUGGCUUGGAACGUUUCUAACGGCAGAGACGGCGGCGAGUUCUUACGAUGAGGCUGCGCGGAGCUUGUCAGGAGAAUCAGCAAGACGUGGCAAAACGAACGGAGGAAGAAUUAAACGGCGGCGGAGAUGACUGAGAAGGACAUGGACACAUGGUCGGUGAUCAUACACGGCGAAGUGGAAAUGUUUUUUUCACUAAGAUUAAUUAUUUUAAUUAAUUCUAAAAAAUUUCAUUGUUUUUUGUAUGAAGAUCAGUAAGAUUUUUUCUCUAUGCUAUAUAUUAGACUAUUAAUUAUGGUCAGUUUAAUGAAGUUCAAAAAUAUGAAUGGAAGAUACAUGAAGAAAUUGAAUUAAUAGAGGUUUAUAAUUAUUGGGACUGUUUAGUGUAGAAAACGGUGCAUACAGUAUUAUUGGAAAUCAAAAUGAUUAUUAAUAACACAAUAUUAAAUGUUUUAAAUAUGUUUGAGAAAAUUAUUAAAAAAUCAACAUUUAUGAAAGAGAUGGAGUAUAAACUUUUGGUUAAUACAAUAUUGUGAAUGGUAAAGUGUUCUGGUAAAUAUGAUAUGACAUAUCCAAAUGAUUAUGCCAGAAGAUUGCCUUUGCUUAGUUGGCUAUAUUAACCUCUAACGAAAAUUAGUUGAUGGAUAUUUUGAAUUUACCAUUUGAUAUUUAGAUUGUAUACUUUUAUAUUUACACCGACCG